AUGGGGCGAGAUUCGUUUGGGUGAUGAAGCCGUCGAUGCCAGUGAACCGAGUGAUUUAUGUUGACAUAACGAAAUGUAAUGCGGACAGGGAAUUAUUAGCGAAAGUCAGAAACCAAAGAACGUAGAUGUUCAUUUAAUUGAUGAUAUAUUGAUCUAGUUCUGAUGGAAGUUUUUGUAACUGUUAUUAUAGACAGUUGACAUUUCGAUGGUUUUACGGAUUAUUCGAAUCAAUUGAGAUUUCAACUUUUCUGGCGAUGAUAGAGGAUAAUUGUAAUUUUAAUAUAUCGACAAAUUACUUGAGUACAAUCCGUCAUGUCCCAAAAUGACUGUCAAUUGGACUACAAGUUAAUGACCAAGGACAAAAUCCAGGAGGCAAUGAUGAUCCAGGCGGAGACCAUGAAGCAGGAGUGCCUAGCGAUAGGGAUGGGGAUGUUCGAAGAGCCAGGUGCUCCAGAAGAGAUCCAGUUACUCUUCAGAGAAAUCAUAAAGGACGGUUCCACGAUCGUAGCUGUUGACAAACAAACCGGGGAACUGGGAGCUGUGGCAUUUACUAAGAUACAUGCUAGACCGAGGGAAGGUGUUAAGGACCCACUGGAUGACUUUAUAGGAGAAAAUCUAAAGAAGAAAUCGUGCCAGGAAUUAGUGAAGUUUCUCGGUGACUUGGAAAGCAGCGUCGACAUUUUUGAGAAGUACAAUGUUGACGGUGCAAUGGAAUUAUUUUAUUUAGGCACGAAUCCACGGUACCAAGGUAGAGGAAUCGGUUGUGAGAUCGUGAAGAAAUGCAUAGAAUUCGCUAGAGGCCUUGAAAAUGGCACCACGAAGAGAAGCCCUAUUGACAAUGAGACCGUCAAUGAGGAAGUGAUACCAAAAUUGAUAUUCGGCGUGUUCUUGUCAAACUACAGUCAACGAAUUGCCGAUAAACUAAAUUUUGAGACUAUACGCGAGGUAAGGUACGAAGAUUUUAUUAUUGGGGGCAGGAAACUCUCUGAAAGAAUAGGCGACACCCACAAAACAGCCAGAUUGCAAGUUUUGAAGUUGUAAGUAUUCAAGCUAGAAAGGAAAAUGUUGAACAAGUUAUUUUAUAACGUUAUAUAUAAUCUACACUAUAAGCACUUGUAAUAUAUUACCAACAAUGUUAACCUUUUGCGGACGAAAACUCUUUUAAAGUGCACAAAGCUGACAACAUAUGAAACUAAAUUAUAUCUCGAAUACUUAAACAAUAGAAAAAAAGGAAACUAUACAGUGAUCUCUUGCUAUUCAAGUGAGUAAAUCAUUCGUUUGCAACUUAGUAUUCCAAAUAUUAACAUUUCAUAUCACCAAGAUGUCGACGUUCGUUCGCAAAGGGUUAACAAUAGAUUCACUCCAUUGUAUAUAAGAAAUUUGUAUAUAAAUAUUAAUGCACUAUCAUAUAUGAAACACUAGAACUUUAGUCUAACAGGAAGAUAAUUAAUAUUCCAUAUUAUUAAAUACUUAAUAUAAAUAUUAAUCAACAUUUCAGAAUCUUGAGAAAAUCAUUUAGACAUGAUACACAUGUCUGUUAAGUAACCUCAUCUUUUUAUGCGACCUUACAUGUUGUUAAAUUAUUAGUCUGUAAUUUCUCAUUUCACGCAUCAUUAAUUAUAUUGUGUACACAAAAAUGUAUAAACAAUACAGAACUGUACCAAAUAACAAUU